AUUUUUUUUUUUUUUUUAUCACGUUGGCAUUGAUUGCACGAGCAGGCAUUCAUGAGAGCCACCGCCAGAUUGCAGGAUAUUAAGGGGGGGAAGAAAGGGGACCCGUUUCGUGAAGACGCCGUGCUGUAAUUCUGUCUUCUGGAAAUAUCUUUUUCAAGAGAGAGAGAGAGAGCCAGUUCUAUAUAACCUUGUGAUCGCAACUCUGAACUUCCAUGUCGCAAAGUGAGAAGAGGAUUUGAGAGAAGAAGAUCUGAACCCCAAAAUCCUCAGUUCGAACCCAGAGUCCCAAUUUUCACUGACAAAGAUCCAGUUUCAUAGAUCCAAACUGCCAAUUGAGAAGGAGAGAGGAAGGGAUUGAUUCAAACCCCCAAUUUCCAAGUCCUAAAAACCCAAAUCCAAAUUCGCAGAGAGAUCCAAACCACAAAAUCCCCAUUUCUGUAAAAAAUCCGCCAAACCCAUUUUCCUCUAGAGAGAGAUGGGUUUAGAGAGAGAAGCAUGCUCAUCCUCCCAUGCCCUGAAAACCCCACAAGAAGACUCCCCUCUUCUCCCCAAAUCUCAACCUCUCUCAUCCAACUUCAAAACCUUCGCGAAUAUUCUGAUCGCCAUUGUUGGUGCAGGUGUACUCGGCCUCCCAUACACUUUCUCGAAAACUGGUUGGGUUUCAGGUAUUUUAAUGCUCUCAAUUGUUGCCUUUCUCACCCAUUACUGCAUGAUGCUCCUUGUGUACACAAGAAGAAAGCUAGAUAGGGAAAAUUUCACAAAAACUCGAAGUUUUGGGGACCUGGGUUUCGCAGUUUGUGGACCAGCAGGGCGAGCAGCUGUGGAUGCCAUGAUUGUUCUCAGUCAAGCUGGUUUUUGUGUAAGUUACACCAUUUUUGUGGCCAAUAGCCUUUCCUCUGUUUUUCCCAUACCGAAUAUUUUGGGGCUCAAGCCAAAAGCCACCUAUAUUUGGGGUCUUUUCCCUUUCCAGUUUGGCCUAAAUUCCAUUAAACUCUUGACCCACUUGGCCCCUCUGAGUAUAUUCGCUGAUGUGGUCGAUAUCUCGGCCAUGUUUGUCGUGAUUGCGGAGGAUUUGGCCAUCUAUCUGAGAUCAAAACCAAUUUUGCAGGCCUUUAAUGGCUUAUCAGUGAUCCCCUAUGGCCUUGGUGUGGCUGUGUAUGCAUUUGAGGGAAUUGGCAUGAUUUUGCCCCUUGAAGACGAGGCCAAAGAGAAAAAUAGCUUCGGAAGGAUACUGGCCUUGGCCAUGGGUUUCAUAACUUUGCUUUUUGGGUGUUUUGGGGCACUGGGUUACUUUGCUUUUGGCCCUGAGACUGAAGAUAUCAUCACUCUCAAUUUUGGGAAGAGCUUUCUCACUGAUACGGUGCAAUUGGCUUUGGCUGUGAAUCUCUUCCUCACUUUCCCACUGAUGAUGAACCCUGUUCAUGAAGUUAUAGAGAGAAGGUUCAAUAGAGGGAGAUACAGUUUGGUUUUCAGAUUUGGGAUGGUUUUUGGGAUAUGUUUGGUUGCACUUUUGGUGCCAAACUUUGCAGAUUUCUUAUCCUUGGUGGGG